GUUCGCUCCCUGCGGGAGGAGGCACGCAGGAAAUUGGGGCUGAGUUGCUACUCUAGCAACUCAACCCAGCCUGUUAGCGAGGGGCGGGGGUAUGGGGCUUUAGGUACCGUCCAUCUGGACUCCGAGCCAAGCCCCCCUUCCACCCAGAAAUCUCCCCCACCCCCAGCAUCACCUCUGCCCUUGCAUGGACCAGUGGGGUGGGGGAGCAGAGAGCUGGUUCUGCGCAUGUUUGAGAGGGGAUCGGAAACUUUUUCUUUGCUUCUGAACAGCCUCCAAGGGCCGCGGGGCGGGGGAGAGGGGCAGAGAUUGAGGAAGAAAAUGGCGAGUCGUGGGAGUUGCGUGGAGAAAGCGGCUUUCCUCUGCGCCUUCCUGCUGGCCACUUGGAGCCUGGCGUCCUGCGCCCAAGCGGAGCCGGAGGAGGAAGGGCGAGACGACCAGCGCUCUUGUCACGGGGCCUUCGAUCUCUACUUCGUCCUAGAUAAGUCUGGAAGCGUCAGAAACCACUGGACAGAGAUCUACUCUUUUGUCGAAAGCCUGGCUGAGAAGUUUAUAAGUCCAAUGCUGCGCAUGUCCUUCAUUGUCUUUUCCUCGCGAGGCACUACGAUCAUGAAGCUAACAGAAGACAGGGAAGCCAUAAGACGGGGGCUUGAGAUUCUUCAGUCUGAAAUGCCUGGAGGAGAUACAUUCAUGCAUGAAGGAUUUAAAAGGGCAAAUGAACAGAUUUAUCAUGAAAACUAUGGAGGACUCCGGACAGCUAGUGUGAUUAUUGCUCUGACAGAUGGGGAGUUGCAAGAGGUUCAGUUUUAUUAUGCAGAAAAAGAAGCCGACAGAGCCAGAGGCCUCGGAGCUAUCGUUUAUUGUGUUGGAGUGAAAGACUUUAAUGAAACUCAGCUGUCUACAAUUGCUGACAGCAUUGAUCACGUUUUCCCGGUAACGGGCGGCUUUUAUGCCCUAAGAGGCACUAUUGAUUCGAUUCUGAAGAAAUCCUGUAUUGAGAUCCUGGCAGCUGAACCAUCCAGUGUCUGUGCAGGAGAAUCCUUUCAAGUUGUGGUAAGAGGAAAUGGCUUUUAUCACGCAAGAAACAUCGAUCAAGUUCUCUGCAGCUUCAAGAUCAAUGACACCAUAACAAUCAACGAAAAACCAACUAUUGUGCAAGACACCUAUUUGCUUUGCCCUGCACCAGUAAUAGAAGACAUUGGACAGGUGGUUUUCCUCCAAGUCAGCAUGAACAGCGGACUAACAUUCAUCUCCAGCUCUGUCAGCAUCACCAGCACACAGUGUCUCAGUGGGACGAUCCUUUUCAUCGCACUCUUAAUUCUGUUCCUGUUGCUGGCCUUGGCGCUGCUUUGGUGGUUCUGGCCUUUGUGCUGCACAGUGGUCAUCAAGGAGCCUCCACCACCGCCACCCCCAGAGCCUGAAUCGGAUGAUGAAGAUGGAUUGCCAAAGAAAAAGUGGCCAACCGUGGAUGCAUCUUAUUACGGAGGCAGAGGUGUUGGUGGAAUUAAGAGGAUGGAGGUGAGGUGGGGAGACAAAGGAUCAACGGAGGAAGGGGCCAAAUUAGAGAAGCCCAAAAACGCUGUCAUCAAAUUGCCAGAGCAGGAGUAUGAGCCGUGGGAGCCCAAGCCAAAGAAACACAAUGUGAGGAAGCCACCUUCCCAGAGGAAGUGGUACACUCCAAUCAAGGGCAAACUUGAUGCAUUAUGGGCUCUGGUUCGACGAGGCUACGAUCAAGUCUCUCUUAUGAGACCACAGCCAGGGGAUAAGGGGCGAUGCAUAAACUUCACUCGGGUGAAAUCAGACGGAAGCACCACCCCAUACCGCCCACCGCCGAAGCAUGAUGCCACCCCCCUCAACAACGCUCCGAGAAACACCUCGCCUUCGGCCUCUCUGCAGCCUCCUUCCAGGCAGCCGCCUCCUGGACCACCCCCAACCCGAGUGCCCCCAGGACCUCCUCCAGCGCGCCCGCCCCCACAACCCCUGGCUUAGAGCGCGGCAAAAACCAAGAUUGCUCUCUGCUGAGCAUGGCAUAUUUAUUGAGGCUUGGUUUACAGUCGAAAGAUAGCGAAAUUUGUUGCUGGUCAGCAAAAAAAAAAAAAUGCCAAGCGUCAGUUUUACUGUAUAAAUAUAUUUAUGCCACACGUGCUGAGUAAACAUUCAGUGGAUAAUUCUGGAGCUACUGGAUGUAGAACAAAACCGAAACAAUCAUCUAGUCACAGUAGCAGUGUUUAUAUAGUUAUAUAUACACACACACACACAUUUUUUGGAUUUAUCCACACAUGACGUUUGUAUGACAUUAUAUGUCCUAUCAUACAUGAAAACCCGAGCCAGAUACACAUGCAUCAGUCAGUUGAAAGGUGCCACCUGCAAAUGAGUUGGGUAAAUGUAGGGAAUUGAAAGUUGCUCUUCUCCCCACAAACACAACGUGAACGGGGAGCUGUGAUUACAAGGGAUCAUUCUCCUUGGUUUGUUCUGCAAGGGGAAUUUCCCUGGAUAACGAUAACAGAGCAAGGUGAGCUAUUCACCAUGCAGUUCCAGUGAUUUAGGGUGUGGAAUCUGCCCUGUGUUUCCCCCCCACCUCCGAGAAGCUCAGUUUUGAAACCAAAAUCUUUGAUUUAACUAGAUUUGGCCUUUGUUCUUAAUUUCAUCAGACAUAGGCUGUAAAGGCUAAUUUGGGGUUCUGAAAACCUCAGAGUGGGGCAGAUCUUUCCAAAGUUCAGGGGAAUGUGGAAAAAAGUUUCUAGGUUUUUUGCAUUUUUUAAUUUUCAUUUACAUAAAAAGGCCUCUCACAUGGAACAGAAAUAUAUGUCCCUUAUAUGUGACUGCUACUGUAUAUAAGUAGCAUGUUUGAUACAUCAGACAUACGUGGGAACACACAGGGAUUGAUCCCAUGUCUGUUUCCCAUAGACUUCACUGCUAGCAGGAGCGAAGGAUUGAGCUCCUUUAUGAUUCAGAUGAAAACACAUCUGAGUCCUUUUAUAUAUCAGAGAUCCCCCUGCCCUCAAUAUGGAACAUUACUAACUAGCUGUGUGUAUAAAACAUACAGAAUCUGAUCUGUCAGCGUGGGCUUUUCUUUUGGUUUUUAUUCAUGCCAAACCUGUAGGACUCCCAAACUUUAAUGAGCCUCAGUUAUGUCUGACACUAAGCAUGCGUGUAGGUGGGGAAUAUCUGACGUGGGAUUACGGGGUGCCUCAUGACUGGGGCUUGCUAAAUGCUAAAUCCUGAGUGGUUUGUACCCAGCUCAUCCCUAGUGAAGCAAUAUAACUCUCCCCAUCCUGUAUUAUACUGCAUCAGAAAGGGUGUCUUCAGAUCCACGUGUAAAUGGUAUUACUGGAGUCGUAGAGAGGAUGUCAAUGUUGCAUCAUAGAAUCGUAGGACUGGAAGGGACCUUGAGAGAUCAUCUAGUCCAGUUCCCUGCAUUCAUGGCAGGACUAAGUAUUGUGUCUUAUUGGCAUGGUCUAUCUAUUUGUAUGAGGGAGCAGAUACAACCUUGCACCUGUUCUUGGCCAUAUAAUCCCAAGAGGAAACUGUAGUAAUGUCUUGCAUUUACUUUCGCUUUAUGGCAUCUGCACUCCUGGUGCGACAUAAAGAGGCCUUAGGGUAGAUCAGAAUCAGGCUUGUUUUUUUCAGUGGAAACACCCAGUUGCAGAACCCAAUAACUAGCUCCCACCAUUCUAUGCUGAUCAUCAUUACAGGCUGUGUGUACAGAAGAGGGAUGAUAAAGGGCCCAACAAGGCCUAAUUGGUAAAGACACGCAGCGCUAUGGCAUGCUGUUGGGCCAUAAACUCAUCUCACAGGAAUCAGGGUAACUCUACUGAAGUCAGAGGAGCAGCACCCAUUUACACCAGCUGCGGAUCUGGUCCCAUUGACUACACUGGAAUUGCUCCUGGUUUAG